AUGGACGCGCUGUCAGAGGGAUUUUGUGCGUGCGCGCUGGCGGGCGGCCUCCCGCGCGGGGCAGGAGGGAGCUGGGUCUCGCGCUGGCCCUCGCCGAGGGUCCAGGUGGUGGACAUUCAGCGGUAUCCAAAGCUUGUGACAGAUCCGUUUGAGGUGCCGCGCUUCUACGUUGCCGCGUCUGACUCAGCCUCACUCAUUUGGCUCGUUAUCCCUCCUGGAAGCGAGAUGGAGGAGCUGAUUGACACCUUUCAAAUUGAGGUGGGUUGCUGUAUCAUGCUGAGCGAGUAUAGCGUCGUGACGGCAAGGAAUGGACUGAACGUGGUUGUGCCUCUUUCGAUCAGUUAUUCAGCGACGGAGCUGUCGCUGCUAGGGAACCCGGUCUUUGACGCCGCACUUUUUAACCUGUCAACCGAGUCGCUUACUAAGCGACGGGGCGCCGUCAAACCCUGCCGCUCCCGCGCCGCUGAGGAGUAUCCGAGGCUGAGCCUUAUCGACCUUGUGGAGGCCAGAGGACAUGGAUUGGGCGACUACGCCUUACCUCUGCGCAUGGUGUGGAAAGGAAGGCAACGGCAGCUUCCGGCAAGCGGUUCAGCAACGCGGUUUAUAUUUGACUGCAUAGGUGUGGACAACAACGGUGAUGCGAUUUAUAUUUCUUGCGCAGGACCUUCUGCCCUGCACGACAUGUUUUCAGUGGGAGACUGCGUCUGCGCGACGAAUGGGUGCCUGACAAACCGCGGUGGAGCCGAAGAUGCGCUGCGGCUGCAGCUCAGCGAGCGCUCCUUUGGUGUGUUGUGUGCGGCGGAGGCGGGGGACGCCAUUCCAACCCACCCCUCGCGGAUGUUUGGUGCGAUGUCGGUGACGCAGGUUACCCAACGCAGCGGCAUUGGGGAUGUCGCGACGGUGGAGGGGGUGGUGGCGGCGGUGUCGCCCACGACGCUGGUAAAUACCAAACGGGGGCAGGUGGAGCGCACGGCGAUCUCGCUACAGGACGCCACCGCACCCCCCACCUCCUCUUGCCUCAUCGAAGUGACUCUCUGGGACGAGUUUUCGCGGAGCGUCACGCCAGCUGUUGGGGAGCGGUGGUGUCUGUGUGGGUUUCUCGUCGGUGAGUUUAUGCGACGGCUCACGCUUUCCAGCAGGUACGGAAGCGCGGCCAUUAGGAUGGCGCCGACGUCGCAGGCGCCUGUGUUGCCUGUGGACCGCACAGAGACAACGAAGCCUGUGAACCGGGACGAGAGCGAUGCACUGCAGGUGGUGCUUGGCCUAGAGGAAGCCUCCGAGUCGCUGCCGGUGUUGGCAAAAAUACAGCGCGUACGAACUCCUCUUACGUACGUGGCUUGUCGGGGUUGCGGCAGGCAGAUGCGCGGAAACGCCUCUUCGUGCGCCGCGUGUGGUGGCUGCACUAUGGAGGAGCGCUUUUUUGUGCGGCUGGAGUUGUCGGACGGCCUUUGUGCGGUGUCUGCGGUUGGCUUUGCGCAGGUUGGGGAGACGUUGUUUGGCGUUGACCUGCCAACCCUGAUGAGGCGGCGGCGGGCGUCGCCCGUCUACGAGGACGCGAUUGCCCGGGAGGUCGUGGGUCUCCCGCUGCUGUUUUGGCUGCUGCGCUCGUCGGAUGACAGCCUGCUGCAUGUUGUGCGGUGCCAACACAUUGACAUGGCGCGCUGUGCGGCGACGCUGUUGGGCGCUGUAACGCAGAUGAUGGCGCCGAGUCCUGCCGCGCCACGAACCGAGUAG